UUCUACCACUUUACAGCAGCCUGGUUCCAAGCAGCACGGAGGCCUGUGGCUCCCUGGCCUCCUCUGUACCCUGAAGACCAGGUGAAUCCGCCUUGCAGAAUGAGGUGGGGUCUGCAGAUGGGCGUGGCCCUGUUUCUCACCUGCUGCCCCACGGUCUCCGGAUGAUGCCUCCCCCACGUCUGCCUGGGAUCAACGGAGCCUUUUGUAAAUGGUUUACCCCCAGAAUGGGAGGGCCCUGCAGACCAACAGCUGGAAUAUUCAGAGUCAAAUUUUCUCCAGUUGGGGAUUCAGCAUGCCAGUACUCCCAAUGAACUGUCAACACAAGGACAGAGUCUGUGGUUAGACUCCUGCAGCAGCGAGUGGCCUCUGUUCUCCCUUCCUGAGCAGGGCCUGCCGACUUAAGGAAUGCUGAGGGACGCUCACUUGCCAAGGCCAGCAGCCCGAGGAGGGCGAGUGUGGGUCCUGCCCCCACGACGGUCCCAGCAGCUGAGCUUUGAUGAGGCCCGUGCAUUAUGUACAGUGUAGAAGACCUCCUGAUAUCUCAUGGAUACAAGCUGUCACGAGAUCUCCCGGCACCACACGAGGAUCACCAUGAGGGGCGCCCGCCAGCGAGGACAAGAGCAAGAGCGGGCCUGCUGAACGGGUGUGAAGAUGGCCCCGCGGCCUUCCCACACAGUAAGGCACCCCUGGGGACGGGACGUGGGAGUGACUCCGAAAACGACCGCCGCGCACUGAGAGUCCACGGAGAGCCCCAGAGAGCCGCUGCCGCCAGACCAUCUGAGGCGGGGUUUUAUCAUCAGCCCAUGCUAGCAUGGUCCUCUCAGCCCCAGAGCAGCCACAACCACGCCUAUUGGAGAAGAGGACACGAGGUCAGUGGCUUGUUGCGUCCACGGGACCGAGAAGACCUGGAGGUCAGAGGAAUGGCCCAAGCCCACAGUCUGCCCGUCUACACAAGGGAGGGUGCAUGGGAAGUUGGAGGAAGGACAGAGCAUGUGAUGAAGAAGGCAGUUUGGGAAGAAGAGCUAAGAAUAGAGGGUCCUGCCAAGUGGCAGAAUGUGAGCCUGGAAAGCUGGAACCAGCCAAAGAAAUUAGGGAGGCAGAUGUCUGAUGGUGACAGGGAGAAGCUGUUUCAAGAUCUAUACCCAUUCAUGCGAGGAGAACAUGUGCUGAAUUCCCAAAGCAAAGGGAAGUCCCAGUCGUUGCCUAGAGUUCUCUCUCCUGAGAGUCUGAGUUGCAUGGAAAUUCCGUUAAGUGAUGGACAUUUACCAGGUGUCCCUAAAAUGCCAUUUUACCCUUCAAAUGGUGCACCAAAUUUGGAAUCUUCAAGAAACCCUGAGAAGGGUGGUUCCUCAGUCCCUUUUUCCCGGCCAAAGUUUGGGAGACCCCUCAAGCCUCCCUCCUACGACUCCCACCAACACUCCAGGGGAGGAGUGGAAAACAGCAGCUAUCUAGACAGCCCACAGACAGACCUGAGUUUCUCCUACUUGACCAAAACUAACGACUUCAGGCAGGAGCUCUGCCUGCCUGACUCUGGUUUGGAGCCGCCAGUGUACGUGCCUCCGCCAUCGUACAGGUCGCCACCCCAGCACAUCACAAACCCCUACCUGGAGGAUUUGGAGCCCAGGCCUGUGUGUGGUGAUCGCCAUCAUCCGACUGAGGAGGCCACGGCCAGCUCUCAGCUCCCUUCUGGCUCCCUUGGGAGUGGGAGUGAGUACGAUGCAAGCCCACGCUCUCCUCGAAGAUUCCCUCAACAGCCCCGUCCCACCACUGCUUAUGACGGCUCUGUUCUGUAUAUUCCCUUUGACGACCCACGGAUACGACAUAUUAAACUGGCCCAACCCCAGGGUUUCUGUGAAGAAAUAAAGGCGGAUGAGAACUUGUACAACCCUGGUUCGGCCUCUGCCCCAGAGCCAGCUCAUGGAUACAUGUACCAUGAUGGUGCCACUUUGAACCCACAGAGCAUGAUACCCCCAUCAGGGAACGAGAAAGGCCCUGCCCUUGCCAAUCCCAGUCCUCUGUGGCCAUGGGGCCAGCUCCCCAGGGAUGGAGAAAAUGGUGGCUUUUCUGACCAAAGAGACCACUGUGUGAUGAGAGGACAGUGGCCUGACGUGAGCAGCAGCCAGCAUGGACAAGCAGAAAGCCAAGCCUCAUCCCCACACCCACAGGGCGAGAGUACCUGCGAAACCCGAACCAAGCUCAGAAAGUUUGAGACUGGGAUUCAGACCAAGAAAAGUUCAAAGAAAAAAAUGAACGAGACGAUAUUUUGUUUGGUUUCCAUCCCAGUUAAAUCAGGAUCACAUCUGCCAGAUAUAGAUACCAACAACAAUGACUUAAAACAGAGCGCUGAUAAAAAGCAUGGGCUUGAUAAGGGCGCAGCUCUGCAGGAGCAGAGCCUGCUGAGCACGUCUUCCACCGACCUGGAGCUGCAAGCUCUCACAGGAAGCAUGGCUGGGAGGACAGAGCUCCAAAAACAAGAUCUGGGGGAACCAGAAGACAAACAAACAGAUGACCUCAGCUUCAUUCACCCUAUGAAACACAGAGAGCUCAAGUAUUCUGGCUCGUGGCCAGGGCACCACUACAGAGAUCAGCAAACACAAACCACUUUCACUGAGGAAUCCAAAAGCCUGCAGCCCCUCCCUGAUGAGAAGUCGGGAUGGUCACCGAAUGCUCUGCUGACUCCAAAAUUUCUAGACCCUACUGCCUCGGAAGCUCAGAUGCACAUGGUGUUAGUGUCCAGUGACCAAAACCAAAGGCCAAAUGCUCACCACCUCAAAGGCCAACUGUCCCUCAACCCUUCCAGCUACAGUGCUUUUUCAAGGACUUCCUCAUCCACGAACCAGGCCCCUGUACCAAAGGUGGGCCAGAGUCAGGCCUGUGUGGACGGCCACGGACACGGAGCCAGCCCCGUGCCCAAAGGCGAGGUGGUGAAGGGGGCAACCACAGGCCCAUGCAACAGUCAACAGCUGUUUGGUCAGUUUCUUUUAAAACCCGUUAGCCGACGUCCCUGGGAUUUGAUAAGUCAGUUAGAAAGUUUUAACAAGGAGCUUCAGGAAGAGGAAGAGAGCAGUCAUAGCAGCACUCGCAGCGACGACAGUGAGACAGAAUGGCAGCUGCAAAGCGCUGCUUACUCCACACCCAGUAAUAUGGGCUUCAGGGAAGACAGCCAUGAAAGGAGAGCCGAGGAAUCGCCAAGGCGGUUGGUGCCGGAGGAGCUCGCGUGCAGGUCGGGAAGAGUUAAGAGUAAGUCUGAGAGUUGGAGUGACGAGCAGAAGCCUGCCACCCACCACCUGGGUGCCCGUCCUCAAUCCCCGGGCGGCCCCUCACAGGCGGAGGAUGGCAGAGGUGAAGUGUUGCUGUCAACACAUGGCAGCUUGAUUCCAGAGAAGCAACACCAGGAGAUCAAGAAAAGAAUGAAGGAGCUAGCGGUCAGCCCAGGUCCUGUGAAAAGAAUCACGUCUUCUAGGUCAGGUGACACAAAACCAGUGUCUGACCCAGCUGAACUGAGGGAGCCCCAGGGAAGGCGGGAGCUCCCCAGUGUUCCAAGUUCUGUGGAGCUGAGCAAAGCGGGGACCCCUCUGAAGCCCGGCGGUGGGGAGGAGAGGGACACGGUGGUCCGCCUCUCUCUUGCUGGCAAACCCCGAGGACUCUCUGCACCCGACUUGAGGUCUGUGGGGCUGACCCCGGCACGAGAGCAGAGUGCCGAUAAGUUAGAUGGGUCUUCAGGUGAAGCGAGUGCCAUAGAAAUCCCCCCAAACGAAUCCCUUCAAGCGAGGGCUGUGAGGAUCCUGGGCAUCGACGUGGCCGUGGAGUCCCUGCUGCCAGGCACCAGGAGAACAGGACAGAGCCGUCCCCCCGAGCCUGAUGGCAGUGCCCGCAGGCCAGCGUCCCCCACAGAGGAGCCGGUGUCCAAUCCAGUGCAGCCGGAUAACCCCACGGUGUCCACUGAUGCCUUUUAUGGCAGGAGAAAGUGUGGCUGGACUGAAAGCCCUCUCUUUGUAGGGGACAGGGACAGUGCCCGACGGGCUCCCUGGGCGUCUGAAUGCUCAGGUGUGGACGGAGCCAGCCCCAGCGAGGCCCCCAACCCCGAGCCUCACCCUAGCACCCAGGAGUCCAAGCCCUUCAAUCACAAGGACGGAGGGACAAAAAAAGCACCCUUCAGGUCCACUUUGUUCCAUUUUAUAGAAAGGACUCCAAGUGUGGCCGUCUCACAGAAGCUGAGAAACACUUCCAAAGUGAUUGAAAGUUUACAGGAGAAACUGGCUUCUCCGCCCCGGAGAGCUGACCCUGACCGCCUGAUGAGGAUGAAAGAGGUGAGCUCUGUGUCUCGGAUGAGGCUGCUGAGCUCCCGGAGCACGGACUCCAUGGAGGAGAGGGGUCCAGGGGCUCCGCCUGGAGGCCUGGUGUCCCUGACCACCGAAGACCUGGCCUGGAAGGAGGGAGAUGGGCUCUCUGUCUCCAAGGGUGCCCUCUUCUGGGAAGAAAACAAGCACCUGGCAGCAGGCAGGGAGAAGAGGACCGUGGAUCACGACUUCUGGUGCCCAGAUUCAUAUGACCCUAGCAGAGUGGAGAGGGUGUGAUGAGAUGCCGGUGAAGUGUGGACCCAUGAUAUUUGCUAAUUGAGCGUUGUCUGAUUUUAUCUAUCAGCCAGCUUGCUGGGGUAUCAGCUGGAAACGGCUGGCUUUUAGUGCACUGUGACAUCCUUUACCACUACCACCAGGAAACUCGUCAUCCUUACAGAGUAGCUCUGUGGAAAUAAAGCAGUAGUCCGUUGACACCAUCUGUUUUUAUAGCAUGAAGAAUUAAUACUUAUAUUUAGAAAAGAGUCACAUAGACUCUCCUGAAUGAUGGAAUUAGCCAUUAUGGUUCAAUUGACAAUUUGGACAUGGACGAGACAGUGAAUGAUUUUGAAAGGACUGUGAAUGUCAUAAAUUCCCCUUUGCAUUUCCAGGUCCUGCGUUCCAUGCUAAUUUUAAGGAGCUUGGGACAUAGGCCGUUGCCUAGUGUUUCUGCACUUUGAGUUUAGGGAAAUGUGAAUGAAUAUAUCUGAUCCAUUUCUAAUCAAUUUGGCCUUCUGCUGCUGGAAGGAACUUUACUUACAAGUAACUUGCCAUCAGAACAUAAAAGCAAUAUCUUUUAAGUUCCUAAAAGAUUAAAACUUGUACUAUAAUGUACUAAGAGUAUUAUUUAUCUGGUAAUGAAAUGCUUUGAUCGUUUGCAAACAUACCAUUGUCUGCUUUGCACUCAGUAUUAUCUAUUUUUUAUUUCCUGUAUGGAUGUUUAGAAAUUCUUUAUAUGAAAAAUAAUUACUGUUUUAAAAUAGACCAUUUUAACAAAGUAACUAUAUUUCUUUUUACAAAAAUGCUAUUUUUCUAUGAUGUAAACAGUUGUUAGGUGGCAGAUUUUUAAGGAAGUAUUAUUUUAUUUAAGAGUCUGUAUCCCUUUGUAUGAGAGAGACCCAGAGAGGGUUCACAUCUGCUUUAAGCGUAUAUCCCUUAUCCAUUCAUACCUCUGUUCCUUCUAUUUUAUCUUAGAAACAGAUGUCAAUGUAGACAUUUUACAGGGUUAAUCAAACUUUCAGAAAUAAUUUUUUACAAAUGUAACUGUAAGGUUAUUUGUGAAAAUAACCCUCUGAAAACCAGCCAAUGUCCUUAUAACAAUUUUUACUGCCACAUCCACAAGAACUACCAAAAAGCAUAGUUUCAUUUUUGUAUAUCUGUGGGGAUCUGCCCUGAAAUCAUACUUUCCUCCCACCCCCACCCUCUGCCCUUUAAGGAAUAUGUAUUUUUAUCUAGAAUGAUCCUUAAUUGGUCUCUGCAUAUUUUUAAAAGUGCUAGAGACAUUAUAUAUAUGCCAGUACAAAAGCAUUAUGAGGCCUAUGUAUUCUACUGUGUUUACUAUUGCAUUAACCUGCACAAAGUUUAUGCAUUUUUUUAUGCAUUCGUCCCUCCUUUCUAAGUAAGGUAUUCUUAUCAGCUAACAUAUUUCCUGAGUGGUUCUUGUCUUCCCUCCACUCUCCCUCUCUCCCUCCCUUUCUUUCCUUUCCCUCCUCCCCUAUUUCUUUCAUUAUCUCCCUUUUUUUUUCUUUUUCUUUUCUUUUUUUAAAUUUUUUUUGAGAAACCACCUUAGCUAUUUUUAGACAUUUCAAAUUCCUAAAAUGUGAACUGUUGGGUGGUCUAUAAUUUGGUCCCAAAACGACUUACUGGGCUUUUAUGGCCCAUUUUUAUCUGUACCAUAUGAUUUUAUUUCAUAAGAACUUAAUGUAUUUGGACUGUAAUAAACAACACAGAAUCUAAGUAAUUCUGAAAAAUCUUUUCAGAUACACUUAUCUAUAGUCUUGGUUCUUACCUAUUACUCAUAGUCACUUCUUUCCAGAUUUUGGCUCAGGAAAAGUUAUAGUAGGCUCUUGUUUUCACAACACAAUGCGAUGGGCCAAGUUUCUGCUAGGAAUGGCUGAAACUGUUUUUCCCAGGAAAAAUUUAGUGGGAAAGAGGUCAAUUACUCUGUUAUGGUUGAUGAGUCACUGAAGUCAUCUGGUAGAACUAAAUGAGGGUGGUUACCUGGAGGUGUUGUGGGGGUCCUUGCUUCCCUCUUUAACUGCAAAUGAAAGAAGGUAUACGUGUGUGUAUAUACAUAUGCAGACACAGAUAUAGACACAUAUAUACAUGCAUGUAUUUUAACUCUGUUCUGACUUUCUUUGAAAUUUUCUUGAUCCCAGCUAAAGACUCUUUUCAUCAAAAGAAUCAAAUUUUAGGUUUUCCUCAAGAGAAAUAGAAGGAUCCUAAAGAGAAACAAAUUACUGUACCUUGUGUUUAUCACAAACCAAAAUAUGAUAGUCUUCUAUUUUGUUUUAUUCUAAAUUGUUGCAUCAUAGCUUUCUGAAAUGAUUCUGAAUUUAGUUGAAAUUGAUCAAUAUUUAUACUUUUAACCUUAAUUUCUAGAUUUCAGCCUGUAUAGAAAGCUUUUGGGGGGGGGUAACUGAAAAUUUGACUUUUAAACUUGCAUAAAUAACACAGUCUCUAAUCAAAAAUAGCUUUCCCAAAGGUUUUGAACUUAACGCUAAUUAUUCUUUUAUUAGUUCUAUUUCUCAUACAUACAAAGCUCUUCAUUAUUAUUUGUGGCUGGGAAAAACUUUUCAUAUUUUGUGUUUGUCAUUGUUUUUCUCAUAUGUAUGACUUACUUUCGGUGUUUAAUCAUUUGGGGCUUAUAAAAUUAAAUUAAAAGUUCUAAUUUUGACCAUUUUGACUGAAAAUUAUAUGAGCAAUUAUAUAUUAAAUGUAUUUGCAUUUUUUAAUUUGCAAAAGAAGAGGAAAACGUUGGUAAUAUAGCUCUAAUGACUUCUUUGAAGAAAAUUUCUGAAUGAUUGAAAACCAAAUAUUUUUAUUAUCAGUUUAAACCUUACGUUUCUACAAACCACAGAAAACUCCUCCCGAAGAUGCAUAGCCCCUGACUGUAUCUUCAGAACUUUUUUCCAUGUUGUGCAUAACAAUUUGGAUUUCUUUCUGAAAAGUCCCUUAAAACUGUAUCUACUCUCUGAGAUCCCAGUGUUACAGAGAUACCAGAAUUACAGGUGGAGGUUUUGAAUCAUGUGGAAAUUCUCAGUGGAACUUUUCUUAUUCCACUUGACUGUUAGUGAAGUGUUGUUGUUAAUGGAAGUUCAAGUGCUUAAACGCCAAUCACUCUGAAACUAGACCCUGACCACUUUUUGCAGCAGCAAAAUGACUUACUCUUGAUAGCAGCUUCGUUGAGGGCUUCUGAGGGAAAAUGAGCUGAUCCACUGUUGACACAGCUCCUCCCCAGCUCUGAACAUAAAGGACUGAUGGAAGUGAAGAUUAACCCGCCAUUUCAUGUGUGACCCCCAAAGGUUAUGUUUGUGUGCUUUUGACUAUUUUUGUUGUUAUUUUGUUUAAGAUGGUUAAGUAAUACACAAUUAAGCGUCACGUUAGCAUCUCUUAGAAAGUGACCAGUGCAGCAGAAUUCUCUGUCUAAAUACAGGAGAUUAGAGGAACACUUCCAAUUUUCUAAAUUCUUGUAGGCAGUUACUCUAGCGUUUGAGCCGUUGUUCUGCCAGAUCCAUCUGUGCAGGGGAGAUGAAGCUUAAGGGGUAGAGUGGGGGUGGGAGUGUGCUUCUUAAUCUGAAGCUAUUAGAGCAGGCCUGGGGGAUUUUUGCAUUUUCUUUCUGUUUUGUUUUUCACUUCGGAUUCUGUACAUCUGUUUGAGGGAGGAGAGUUGCUACUCAGGACAGAUUUUAAGAGACGCAUUCCAAGUGACCUUGAAGAGUCGACAUGGUGGGAGGUCCUUCCCCCCACUCCACCUCCCCCACCCCAUUCCCCCCUCCAGCGUGGGUUGGUGUACUCUGGGACCCACCAAGGGAAGAAGGGGAAGAUAAUAAAAUAUCACUAAAGAAAUAAUGGUCCCUAGCCUGCACGUUAAGGAGUGGUGAAGACUGUAAUUCAGAUCGAGGCCUCUUGGAAAGGUUGGUAUACUCUAGCAAGCUGCCCGUUGAAACAGUCCUUGGGUUCAUCAGCAGUGUGGCGAGGCGGGCAGAGCGCCUGCAGAUUCCUGGCCUUGACUUUUGAGAGCCCCUGUCACAGCUGUAUUUACUAGAGGACAGAGAGGUCCUUGUGCUGUGGACUCUGACUGAAACGUGAACCCAAAGGCAAGUCCUGCCAUUCAUCCCGAUGCCUUGAUUGGGGGUGAGGAGGAAGCUCCCUACAAGAUUAGCCCCUUUCCCAUGUGGAAGUCAGGCCCACGGGGGCUAAUAGCUGUGCCAGAGAGUCAGCACUCUCUCCUGCUUCCCUUUACCCCGCCCCAUGGCAGGGCCGAGAGGUGCCACUCAUGGUCACGGAGCAAGAGGGAGACAAAGGCAAGUUCAGGUUGAGAAAUUAGACGUGAAAACCAUAUGUCCUGGCCAGGGAGAAAAGCAGUAAGCUACAGAUUUAAAAAUCAAUGAGGCACUUACUCCCCACCUGAGUCAGCUGGAAUUUGAUCCCUCACACUCAGGCCUGACAGGAAAGCAAAGUGGAAGCAACUCAAAACACCACUGCCACCAGCAAAAACAAGAGCUUCUAAAAUCUCGUGAAGACACAGCCCUGUAACCCCACAGAAACUUUGUAUCUGCCCAGCAGUUCUUUGGGCACUAUUAAUUAGUACUUACAGCAGGUAGAGAGGGAAAGACCAGGAAAAGACAACUGGUAAUGGCUGGCAGCCAGCUGCGGUCAUCGCCCCCAGAACAGGCAGUGCCAGAGACAUGAAGGUGAGGAGAGGUGAAGGUGGGUGAAGACAAAUACCAGCAGCAAAGCAAAGAUGAACGUCUUCAAGGAGUGCUUGUAUUUCUCUGCACAAUGUAAAGACUCUUGCAAUUUCAGGAUGGCUGACCUGCUCAGUAACACACGUGUUCCAAAUAAAGAUUUUUGCAUGAA